AAGUUUGUUUUUGCCCUUUCAAACAUACAGAGUACACACACUGAUUUGUAUUUUCAAACUUUCCGGUUUAAAUCCGAAUUUGACAUUUGCCUGACUUUAUCCGUUGAAAAAAUAUUAUAAGCCAUGAGUACUAUAUAUAUACAGGAACCGCCGACGUAUGGCAAGGUCCUUCUUAAGACUACAGUGGGUGAUAUAGAUAUUGAACUAUGGUCAAAAGAAGCUCCCUUGGCAUGCAGGAAUUUUGUUCAGCUCUGCAUGGAAAAUUAUUACAACAACACUACAUUUCAUCGUGUAAUCAAAGGCUUCAUAGCACAAGGUGGAGACCCAACAGGCACCGGAAAUGGGGGUGAAUCGAUAUACGGUGAACCAUUCAAAGAUGAAUUUCAUACUAGGCUGAGAUUUAAUAAAAGAGGUCUGGUCGCAAUGGCUAAUGCAGGAAAAAAUGACAACGGUUCACAAUUUUUCUUUACCCUCGGAGCUACUCCGGAAUUGCAGAAUAAACACACAAUUUUCGGAAAAGUGGGCGGAGAUACAAUUUACAACAUGAUUAAGUUAGAAGAAGGAGAAAUUGUAGAUGAAGACCGCCCGGUAUACCCACAAAAAAUUAAUUCAACAGAAAUACUUUUGAACCCAUUUACAGAUAUAGUCCCAAGGGAAAGGGAACUACCGAAGAUAGCUGAAAAACCACAAAAGAAAAAAGAAAUCCAAGGGGUAAAGGAUUUUAAAUUGCUUUCGUUUGGAGAUGAAGCAGAAGAAGAUGAAGAAACUUUGCUGGAGGCAAAUAAAGAGUAUUCUAAUAAAUCUAAAGCUGUGCCUGGCUUGGUGGAAGAACCAUUACCCGUUGAACCAGAAAUAACUGAGCCAAAACUCACUGGGUUAGAAUAUGUCAGGCAAAAAUUGUCUAAAAAAUCAGGAGAUACAAAACAGGAAGAGAAAACUGUUGUGCAAGAUAGUCCUACAGAUAAGAGCAUAAUAAAGGAUAAAGCUGAGACUGAUACUAAGGACGAAGAGACACCUGAUAAUACAGGAAAAACUUCGCCAGACUCAUCUGAAAGCAAACCAUCAGUUAAAAAGGAUAUAAAGAAAGCUCACAAAAGAGAUAAAAGCUCAGAAUCAAACACAGAUGAUGAAAUGGUAAAAAGGCCCGAAAAGAAAAAAGUCAAAAGCGUUGAAACAAGUGUGGAGGUAAAAGCAAAUAGCAAAAAACAUACGACAAAUGAGGAGUAUUUGGCCUUAACAAAUAUGUAUGCACAUCUGAAACGAACAAAAUCAAAUAAAAAAACUACAGAAGAUUUGACAUUACAAAAAUUUAGAGAUUUUCAGAACAAAAUCCGUUCUUUAAAAAAUUCUGAUUCCUCUGAUAAGACGAAUGAAUGGGUUACGCAUGAAUUAAUUGCUUCAGAAAGUAGAGAAAUAUUAGCAAAGGAUGCAAAUACGAUGUCAGAUGAUUGGUAUGAUAUUACGGAUCCUCGAAAUGCAAUUAAUAAAAGAAAACGUAAGGAGUAGGUCUGGGCUGGUCUAAAACCUUUUGUUAAUUUAUAAUAUGUGAAAUUGAACCAUCCUUUUUAGUCACUUUGGGCGCUAUGUACAAUUUAUUAAUAAAUGCUAAGUAUUUCAAAAAUAUUCUAACAA